UGCUUCUCAAGGUCCAUAUUCCACUCGGUCGUCCAAUGCUGUGCCAGCGCCUCCCCCUAGUCCCAUUCCUGUGGACUACAACCCUCGACGUGGAUAUGGACGCCAAUUGGUCUGGUGCGAGCCGAACGUCAUUGAUCCUGCGCUCAUGGGAGGUGUCGCUGCCGGCAACUCUGGCUUCCCGACUGACCAUGUGCCUGGCUUGUCCACUUCGGCGUCGUCGACCUCUACACUCGACACUGCAGUUUCCGAGGGCACUGUGACAAGACGGUAUCGGCCAAUUGCCCCCGCUCCUCCAUCAUACAAUUUGACCAGAGCUGCGGUUCCUCCCGCCAGAUACGUUCAUGAGGAUGUUGAGCAGCGACACGGGAAGCGACAGUUGUCGGCCGAUGAUGAUGUUGAGAGAUCGCCUCCCAAGCGGGUAUCUCGCUCAACCAACUCUGGCAGCCAUCCCACGCUUGAACCCCGACUUCAGCCAUUGACUCAUUGGCAGCGCAUGGGAUUCCGUGAUGAACGCCCUCCUUGGAGAGCGACUGACGCCCCGGCUACCGCCAACUACCCUCUGGGCCCUUUCCCACCACCGCCCAAUGCUUGGCAGCACCCGCCUAUCAAUGCAAGCGCUCCUCCAGGAAGCGUUGAGACUUUCCGCACUGACAACCAGUACGGUCGCAUCCGGUACCACGGGGACGCAAAUGAUCCGAAUCAGAACCACGAGCCAUCGCGCGUCCGUUAUGAUUACUCUUCGCAGACACCCAGCGACGGAACUGGCCGCACCAACAUGCCGGUCCGAGGCCAUUACGAGCGCGAGCGAUAUCGCCAGGAUGGGGAGGGUGAGAAGAGAGCUUGAAAAUGGUGAACCCAGGGAGGAGUCAUGUCGCACAGGCGGCUUACAUGGUUAGUGGGAGCGGGUUUCAACUAGUGAAAACAUGCGGGAGAGUCGAGUUCUGAGAGAGAUCGGAUUCUGAGGGGAAUUCGUUCGUUUAGUAGAAGAAGCUACUCUACUCCGCUAAAAUAUUCAUCUAAAUGUAUUCCAACAUGGCGUGAACCAAACUUGAAUGGAACGGAUCAAAAUCUUGGUCGAAAGCUAGAUGGUGGGCAAUCGGCUGUGACGCAAUUGGGAGUCACCAAUAGGUUUACCUCGAUGUACGUUUCCAAACGGCGGAACUUCUCCGUACUACACCGUCAGUGCUCGUUCCCUCAUCCAUCAUCCAUGCAAACGGUAACACAAACAAGGCGGCGCCGAAAAAACGCCAAGCCGGGAUGGUGGGGCCGUCAAGUCCCAUGAAAUGCCCGAAAGGCGGUGGCCGCCGGCAGAAACAAUCCUCUCCAAAGAUUUCCC